CAGCUAGGCUGUUAGCUAUUUAACAAACUUUACCCACCCGGCGGGUGUUAAAAGUGCGGCCGUAGUCACUGACUCACACCGGAGGGCCCGUUUACCACAAACCCGAUUCGUGGCUCUGUUGUCUUGUCAGAUAAACGCGGGGAGGGUGUGAGCGCAGCGCAGUUAGCCGGGUCUGCGCGCAGGCUGGUGGAUGUGUUUGUGCGCUAUCACCGGUUUAGCGCGACAGCUAGCGGGGCAGAGAUAAACGCGCCGGGCGGAGGAAUGAACCACAAGAGCAAGAAGAGGAUUAAAGAGGCGAAACGCAGCGCCAGGCCCGAGCUGAAGGACUCGCUGGAUUGGAUAAAACACGGCUACUAUGAGACCUUCGACCUAUCGCACCGCACAGUGAAGGACAAUGUAGAGCGCGUGGACACCCUCCGUCUGACCCCCGAAGAGUUCAUCGAACGCUUCGAGCGGCCCUACAAGCCCGUCGUGCUCCUCAACUGCCAGGAGAGCUGGCCGGCGCGGGAAAAAUGGACGCUGGAGCGCUUAAAACGCAAAUAUCGCAACCAGAAGUUCAAGUGUGGGGAGGACAAUGACGGCUACUCGGUGAAGAUGAAGAUGAAGUACUACGUGGAGUACCUGGAGUCCACCCGCGACGACAGCCCGCUCUACAUCUUCGACAGCAGCUACGGUGAACACGCCAAGAGGCGGAAGCUGCUGGAGGACUACGAGAUCCCCGUCUUCUUCAGGGACGACCUGUUCCAGUUUGCAGGAGAGAAGCGCAGGCCGCCCUACAGAUGGUUUGUGAUGGGCCCGGCCCGCUCCGGCACCGGCAUCCACAUCGACCCGCUGGGCACCAGCGCCUGGAACGCUCUGGUCCAGGGACACAAGCGGUGGUGUCUGUUCCCCACCAACACGCCGCGGGAGCUCAUCAAAGUGACAAGAGAGGACGGCGGCAACCAGCAGGACGAGGCGAUCACCUGGUUCAGCGUGGUUUAUCCCCGCACGCAGCAGCCCACCUGGCCCGCAGAGUUCAGACCGCUGGAGAUCCUGCAGAGACCCGGGGAGACGGUGUUCGUGCCCGGCGGAUGGUGGCACGUGGUCCUCAACCUGGACACGACGAUAGCCAUCACUCAGAACUUUGCCAGCUCCGUCAACUUCCCCAUCGUGUGGCACAAAACGGUUCGAGGACGACCCAAACUCUCCAGGAAGUGGUACCGCAUCCUGAAGCAGGAGCGGCCCGACCUGGCGGCGCUGGCAGACAAAGUGGACCUGCAGGAGUCCACGGGCAUCGCGUCGGACAGCUCCAGUGACUCUUCAUCAUCGUCAUCCUCCAGCUCCUCCGACUCUGACUCUGACGCCGGGUCGGGCUCUGAGGGUGACGCCAUGACUCACCGCAGGAAGAAGAGACGCACGUGCGGGAUGGCGGCCAACGGUGACACGAGCAGCCAGGACGACUGCGCCAGCAAGGAGAGGAGCUCGUCACGGUGACCUCCACCCUACGGCUCCAGCUGCUGCUAGUUUAGAUGGAGUGAAGCCCUGAAGGAGGAGGAGGAGGAGACCUGCCACCACUGUGCUUUUCUCUGUAGCUUCUGUAAGGGCGAGGGGGGGUGAGCUGGAGUUUUAUCCAGCUGGACGGGUU